CUUGUCUUUGUUACAGAAAACAACCACCAGCUAAGCUAACGUUGAUGUGCAGCUUCCUCAUCUAGAAAACCUCCACAGUAGCAGCUGGACCUGCAGUGACUUUCAGUUAAAGCUGGAGCGUCCAGAUUUACCCAGAGCAGUGGGGGUGGAGCUGCUCUAACAGAUACAUGUAGGGCCAGCAGGCAGAUUUGAGAGACUCAUUUCCUGGGCACAUCAGAAGAUGGACUGACCCUCUAAUCCACUUAUCAGCUGCUCCUGUUCUCCCUCAUUCCCUGACUCUUUAGCCCUUGAGGGCUCCCCCAAGUCAGAAGGUGAAAUGCAGGGCUACAGACAGCCAACCAAGCAGACAUUCUUGCACCUCCUGUCGCCGUUCCGCACCCGGCAGGAGCGGGUGGUUCUGGCCCGGAGCGAGAGCCAGCCAGGGGAGCAGGUGCUGAAGAUAACGGUCACAGAAACCACGGUGAUUGAGGCAGAGUCCGGCGUGUGGAACUGGCGCUCCAUGUCCUACCUGGGUCUCUGGUACUUCUUCAGCUUCUGCACUCUGUUUCUCAACAAGUAUAUCCUGUCGCUACUGGAGGGGGAGCCCAGCAUGCUGGGUGCUGUUCAGAUGCUGUCCACCACUCUCAUAGGCUGCCUGAAGAUGUUCAUUCCCUGCUGCCUCUACCAGCACAAGUCGAGAUCUGAAUAUCCACCCAACUUCAUUAUGAUCAUGCUGUUUGUUGGACUAAUGAGGUUUACCACUGUGGUUCUGGGAUUAGUGAGUCUUAAGAAUGUGGCGGUGUCGUUCGCUGAGACGGUGAAGAGCUCGGCACCCAUUUUUACUGUGAUCAUGUCCAGGUUGAUCCUUGGAGAAUACACAGGCCUCUGGGUAAACCUGUCCCUGUUUCCUGUCAUGGCCGGCCUGGCCCUCUGCACAGCUUCAGAGAUCAGCUUCAACAUGCUCGGGUUCUGCGCCGCGCUCUCCACCAACAUCAUGGACUGCCUGCAGAAUGUUUUCUCCAAGAAACUGCUGAGUGGAGACACAUACAGAUUUAGCCCCCCGGAACUGCAGUUUUACACCAGUGGAGCAGCUGUCAUUAUGCUGAUCCCUGCCUGGGUGUUCCUCCUGGACAUCCCAGCAGUUGGAAAGGGUGGACAGAAGUUCUUGUUCAGCCAGGACAUUAUCCUUUUGCUGCUUUGCGAUGGCGGCCUGUUCCACCUGCAGAGCAUCACAGCCUACGCCCUGAUGGGACGGAUUUCCCCCGUCACUUUCAGUGUUGCCAGUACUGUUAAACACGCCCUGUCGGUUUGGCUGAGCGUCAUCGUGUUCAGCAACCAUAUCACCCUCCUCGGCGCCACUGGCACUGUUGUGGUCUUCAUCGGAGUCUUCUUAUACAACAAAGCCCGGCAGAUCCAGAGGGAAUCCUUGCAGGCUAUGGCUGCCGUGCAGAACAACAAACCACUCCUGCAGGACCAGGACUUUCAACCCUCACAGAUUAAGUGAGGAUUAAAUGCCACGCAUUCCUGAUAAAGACAGUUUUUAUGCAGAUUAACUGUCCAUUUGGCAAAGCUAUCUGUAUUCCUGUGGAGCUGCACAAACAGUAUUUCUUAACCACUUGUUUUGACCUCAUGGCCACUUUAAGCGUCAGUUUUGUGUCUUUUAUAGUGGUAAACAGGGAAAGCUCAGGGAAGUGCUGCUUGGUUCAUCAUCUGUGGUACAGCAGCUGCUAAAUGUGUUGGAGCUGCAACAUUUAAACUAUCGCAGGUGGUGCAGUCUGUCAUCUGAUGCGACCUCAUCAGAUCAAAGCUCGAUGUGUGAAAAAGAGUGAUUGGUGCCUAAAAAAUGUUUCGGUUGUUGUUUGGCUUGAAAUGUUUAAAGGAAAUGUGAAAUAUUAAAGAGCCAAGAUUUGCAUUCUAGGAAUGCCUCCAUCCUGUAAUUUUUUGUUUUCUCUCUGUAUGGCAAAAAACAAAUGGACAUCCUGACAACAGUCAUGUUGGGUGGAUUUUCUGUACACAAUAAAGGGUCUUAUAGGA